ACGAUUAAUUUUAGAUUAUUUUGGUGCCUGCAAAAGAAAACAAGUCUUAUAAAACUCUAAAAUUUAACGAAUUAUGUAUACGAAGGGACCACUGGUAUUUUAUGUAAAUGGUAAAAAGGUACAAGAUCCUGAUCCUGAUCCAGGUUAUACAUUACUGUACUACCUCAGAAAGAAAUUAUGUUUGACGGGGACAAAGCUUGGUUGUGGAGAAGGAGGGUGUGGUGCUUGUACUGUCAUGGUAUCAAAAUAUCUACCUGACACAAAAACUGUCAAACAUUUUUCUGCCAAUGCUUGCCUUAUACCAAUAUGUUCACUUCAUGGAAUGGCAGUCACCACUGUGGAAGGAAUUGGCAGCAUACAGAAUGGACUUCACCCAGUACAGGAGAGAAUAGCCAAGUCACAUGGUUCACAGUGUGGAUUCUGUACUCCGGGUAUUGUCAUGUCCAUGUACACACUGCUGAGAAAUAAUCCACAACCUACUGGAGCAGAAAUGGAAAAUGCAUUUGAAGGUAACCUAUGUAGAUGUACUGGCUACAGACCUAUACUGGAAGGAUUUAAAUCAUUUACAAAGGAGUUUUGUCAGAUGGGAGAAAAUUGUUGUAAAAACACAGGAAAAUGUACUAAUGGUGUUAUAGAAAAUGGAACAGAGAAUGGCCAGACAAGUGAAUAUUUACCAUUAGAUUCAACACAGGAUCCUAUUUUCCCUCCAGAAUUACGGACUGACCAAUUUGAUGUAGAAAAUAUUUUCUUCAAAGGAGAGAAGGUAGAAUGGUACAGACCAACAACACUUAAACAACUACUAGACUUAAAAGGGAAACACCCUGAUGCCAAACUUGUCAUAGGAAAUACAGAAGUCGGUUUAGAAGUAAAGUUAAAGAAUAUGAAUUACCCAGUUAUCAUCGGCUGUACUCACAUAGCAGAGCUCAACCAAAUUACACAACUAGAUAAUGGUGUCAAGUUUGGGUCAUCUGUGACGCUAACUGAUAUAGAGAAUACAUUAAAGACACUGAUAAAGGAGCUGCCAGAUUACCAGACCAGAGUUUUCCAAGCUAUAGUAGAAAUAUUACGAUGGUUUGCUGGACACCAAAUCAGGAAUGUGGCUGCUGUUGGAGGUAACAUAAUCACAGCUAGUCCUAUAUCAGAUCUAAACCCCCUGUUUCUUGCUGCUGGUGCUGUUCUCCAGGUAGAAUCUGCAGGUGGUUCAAAGAGAAACAUAACAAUGGAUGAUAAGUUUUUCCUGGGAUACAGAAAGACAGCUUUAAAAUCAGAUGAGGUUUUACUCAAUGUUACUGUACCAUUUACUAGGAAAAAUGAAUACUUUGGAGGAUACAAGCAAGCCAACAGAAGGGAAGAUGAUAUAGCUAUAGUCAAUGCUGGCUUCAGGGUUUUGUUUGAGGACAAUACUAAUGUUAUUAAGGAGAUGGCCAUGGCCUUUGGAGGAAUGGCACCCACGACAGUAAUGGCUGUCAAGACAAUGAAGGAAGUGGUUGGAAGGAAGUGGGAUGACAGCUUAAUAGAUGAUGUCUGUCGACUAAUGGCUGAUGACCUUCAAUUGACCCCUGGUGCUCCUGGUGGAAUGGUAGAAUACAGACGAACACUUACAACAAGCUUUUUCUUCAAGUUUUAUUUGACAACACAAUUACAGCUUCAACAACAGAAGUCAGGACCAAGUAAGAAAGUGCCAAAGUCGUUUACAAGUGCCACACCUAAUUUCCAUCGAGAUCCUAGUAAAGGUUCACAAAUCUAUGAGGAAGUGGCCCCUGGGCAACCACCACAAGAUGCUGUAGGACGACCUUUGGUCCAUUUAUCUGCCAUGAAACAAGCCACAGGGGAAGCUAUCUAUGUGGAUGAUAUGCCAUCAUUUGAAGGAGAGUUAUAUUUAGCCCUAGUUACCAGUACACAGGCUCAUGCUAAAUUACUGAAGGUUGAUCCGACUAAGGCAUUGUCAAUGACAGGAGUUGUUGAUUUCAUCUCUCACAAAGAUGUUCCUGGACAUAAUACUUGGGGAAUUAUUCCUGAGGAGUCAUUUGCUUCCACUGAGGUGUUGUGUAUUGGACAUAUAAUUGGAGCUGUAGUAGCCGAUACACAAGCUCACGCCCAGGCUGCUGCUAAAGCUGUCCAUAUUGAAUAUGAAAAACUUGACAGUAUAAUAACCAUUAAGGAAGCUAUUGCCAAAAAUUCUUACUGGACUGAAUCUAAAACUGUUAAUUGUGGAGACACUGUGAAAGGAUUUGAACAAGCAGAUCAUGUGAUAGAAGGAGAGGUACACGUAGGGGGACAGGAACACUUUUAUCUGGAGACAAAUGCUACCCUGGCUGUACCUAAGAAUGAAGACGGGGAAAUGGAGUUAUUUGUUUCUACACAAAACCCAACAGAAACACAGUUGGUAGUUGCUGAGACCUUAGGUGUAGCUGCAAAUAAAAUCCUUGUUAGAGUCAAAAGAUUAGGUGGAGGAUUUGGAGGUAAAGAAACCAGAUCAAUCUGCCUGACAACACCCGUGGCUUUAGCAGCUUAUAAGCUAAAAAAACCAGUGCGUUGUAUGUUAGACAGAGAUGAGGAUAUGUUGAUAACAGGUACCAGACAUCCAUUCCUAGGACAAUAUAAGGUUGGAUUUACAAAGGAAGGUAAAGUUGUUGCUGCAGAAGUGAACCUGUAUAACAAUGCUGGUUGUACAUAUGAUUUAUCCGAAGCUGUGCUUGAACAGGCCUUAUUGGUGUUUGAUAAUUGUUACAAAAUUGAGAACGUGAGACUGAUGGGUUAUGUGUGUAAAACUAACAUCCCAUCAAAUACAGCUUUUCGAGGGUUUGGAACAACUCAGAGUAUGCUGGUUACUGAAACAUUCAUGGAUGAAAUGUCUGGUUUCCUUGACUGUACACCUGAGCAGGUUCGUAAAUUAAACAUGUACAACGAAGGAGAUCUGACCCACUUUGGACAGGUAAUAGAACAGUGCAACAUAAAAAAAUGUUGGGAGGAAUGCAAAGACAGAAGUGAAUUUAUAAAGAGAAAAAGAGAUGUGGAAAUAUUCAAUAGUGAAAACCGAUGGAAGAAAAGAGGGAUCUGUAUGAUUCCUACAAAAUUUGGUAUUGCUUUUACAGCUACUUUCUUAAAUCAGGCAGGGGCUUUAGUUAUGGUGUACAGAGAUGGGUCAGUAUUGGUCACUCAUGGAGGUGUUGAAAUGGGACAAGGACUUCACACUAAAAUGAUACAGGUUGCUAGUAGAGUUCUGAAAAUUCCAACUUCAAAAAUACACAUCAGUGAGACUAGUACUAACACUGUUCCUAAUACUUCCGCCACAGCAGCUAGUGCAAGCUCUGAUCUUAAUGGAAUGGCUGUAAAGGCUGCCUGCCAGACAAUCUUAGAAAGAAUAGAACCCUAUAUCAAUGCAAACCCUAAAGGGUCAUGGGAGGAUUGGGUGAAUUCAGCCUACUUUAACAGAGUGAGUUUAUCAUCCACAGGAUUUUAUAAAACACCUGGUAUAACAGGAUUUGAUUUUGAGAAACAGGAAGGACGACCAUUUGAUUAUUUCACUUUUGGUGCCAGUUGUUCAGAAGUUGAAAUUGAUUGUUUAACUGGAGACCACCAGGUACUAAGAACAGAUAUUGUUAUGGACGUUGGUUGUAGUUUGAACCCUGCUAUAGACAUAGGCCAGAUUGAAGGAGGCUUUAUGCAGGGCUAUGGUAUGAUGUUACUAGAACAACAGAAGAUAUCACCUGAUGGUUUCCUGUUUACCAGAGGCCCAUCAAACUACAAGAUACCAGGCUUUGGAGAUAUUCCAGUAGAAUUUAAUGUAUCUCUACUCAAAGGCAGUAUCAAUCAAAGAGCAGUAUAUUCUUCCAAGGCCAUUGGAGAACCACCAUUAUUUUUAUCAGCAGCUGUAUUUUUUGCCGUCAAAGAUGCUAUUAGAUCAGCUAGAGUUGAUUCAAAACAAGACAUCAAUUUUACCCUACAUAGCCCUGCUACUGCAGAGAGGAUCCGAAUGGCUUGUAAAGAUCAAUUUACAGAACAGUUUCCAGAACCUGAAGAAGGGAGUUAUAAACCAUGGUUUGUAAAUCUAUGAUGACUGCUAAUUGGUGGAUAACUAUGGAUUCAUUAUAAAACAUGGUUUGAGAAUUCAUAUUAAUGACUUUGAACUAGUAGAUUACUGACUCAUUAUAAAGUAGGAUUUAUGAAUCAGUAAUGACUUCUAACUGGUGGAUUACUUUGGACUCAUUUAUGAAUAUAUGAUACAUAACAACUUUACAUAGAGUUGGAAACUCAUUUUUGUACUGAAGAAUAAUAAUGUUUAAUUGCAUUCUGCUUUCACAAUAUACAGAGCUUUAUAUUAUCAUUCUUAUUUAUGCUUUACUUUUAUUUUAUUAUUAAGAUUUUUUAUUAAGACAAUAUUUUAAGGUUGUUAACCAGUAAUCUUUGUAUGAAAUAAGAAAUGAUAAAUUUGAAUGUUUUUAAAUGAAAAUAAUUAUUCUUCUGGAAGAUUUUCAGUGUAUGUUUGUUAAUGCACUGUUAAACCCUGUUAAUAUUGAGUCGAUUUUUUAGUGUUUAAUAUGGUAUUACAGAUCAAGUUUGUUUUAUAUAUGUCAGAUAUUAUACUUUUUAUGAAUUUGGACUUGGUAUGGUCAACCAUGUUCCUACAGUCAGGGGCAUUAGAAUACAGCUAGCUAUAUAUUUUCUUUUAAAUGUUAUGUGAAGGGAUAACAAUUAGUGUAGUAUUUAUCUAGACAGUUAUUUUAAUAAAGAAUUGAAUUAAUUGAUAAUAAUAUUUAUUAUAAUUUACCGUUUUCAAGGACCAUUUAUGCAUUUUUUCCAAGUUAGAUCUAUCUCAAUAUUUUUGAAGGGGAAAGUUAAUAAUCAUGAGCAUUAAAUGUUGUUAUUAGAGGCCCUUCAAGUGUUUUUAAAGUCAGCCAAUCAGGCUCUAUGUCACCAGUCAAGAUUUGACAAAAUUCUGAAUUUAAGGUAUAAAGUUAAACCAUAGAUGUGUAAAUGGCUUGCAGAAAGUACAAAACACCAUUUAAUUCAUCUACCGCAAUCUUUUUGUAUGUAAGUUUUCCAGAAGGGGAAGUACAUAUACUUAAUUGGGGUUAUCUUUUUGAUUUUUAUGGAAUUUUGUAUUCAAUUUUGAUAUAAUCUGCUUUCUAUAUUUGUGAUCAAGUCCGAUUUGCUAGCUCACAGCUUUAAUAGUGCUUUGAUUUUUGUGUUUGGGAUACAGUCUGAAUAACAUACAGUGUAAACCCUACAUCUUCUACUCGUAUUAUAACACUGUAAGGUUGAAAUGGUUUGCUUUAAUUAAAUUAUACACAUUUUUUUAUUAAAUGCAUAAUUGUAAUAAUUUUAUAUUUGUAAACUUUAUGAGAUUAGAUGAUCAGUUUAACACAAUAGAACCCUUGGACUGCUGUAAAUUCAAAAUUAUUGUGUGCAUUUAUUAAAGUGAUCAAGACUGAACAAAAAUGUGAGAUUAAUUAUUGUGAUUUCAGGAAAAGCUUCAUACAGAUAUAUGCAUCCGAAAUCAGAAUGUGAGUUCUGGGUUGAAUUGAUCAAUCAGUGAACAUUAUUUCAUUAACUUGUCCUCAAGAAAAUAAGUUUUAGAACUGGCACUUUGAAUAAUUUUACAGUUAUGACCAUUUUGUCCUCCAUUGUAUUUGCUGAACAAUUCAUAUUUAACAAGUAAUCUGCCUAUUGUGUUGUUCUAGUCUUUUUAAUUAAUUUACACUUUACUGGAAAUGUGUUUUACUACAAUAAGUUAUAAUAUUACCUAACAGCUUCUUACACCAUGAUUAAAAAUAGCAUUGACAGUUAUUAUCUAACUAUUGUCCAUAAUUAUUAUUUGGAAAUUGUGCUUUAUGAAAUAUUUUAGUCAGUUACCAGAACUUAUUCUGUCCUUAUGUUGAAAGGACUUGCAAAAAGAACAAUCAUACAAACUUAUUUGUAAUCCAGGUAGUUCUAUUUCAAUGGUAUUUUUAAGUAGUGUGUACAUGCAUGUAUAUAGCCUAAUAUACAUAGAACAAUAUAUUAACCUUACUUGAAGUUGUAUUAUACUACACUAGCAAAUGAAUUUUAGUCUUAAAUGGUCAUUUUUAUUUUAACAUCAUUUGAAAAGUCUGAACUAUUAAUAAACUAUUGAGUCAUGUUCAGUCAAUUUUCAGACUUAAAACCUUAAAAUAAAUUCAUUACUGUAUAGACAAGUUGCUUGCUGUCAAUUCAGUACUGUUUAGUAACUUUUCAGACAAUUCAGUAUGAUGUUGAUGUGUGCAGUAAAUAACUACUGAACAUAGACUGAACAGAUCUCAAUUGACUGCAAGCAAUCAAAUUGUUUUAAGUGUUUAAGAUGAAACAUUUGAAAUGUCAAUUGUGACUGACCUCCAACUGUGGUAUUGAUAGCAGACGUCAUUCAAUCAAAGUUAAAUGUCUGAAUUGGUCCUUUAAUAUCAAACUUAGUUUAAUUUUGUUUCCUUGUUUUUGUAGAUUAAUGUAUAAAAUAAAUAUCAAACUAAUGUAAAUACUAAAAGCUUUUAAGCAGGAUUAUUUAUAUCUAUAUAGUGUUGACUUUGUGAAGCUUUGAAAUAUGAAAUCUUAUCUGUAACCUUUUUUUUUUGCAGUUGCAUCUAUUUCACAAUUUUAUCUGUAUUUCGAUUUACUCUAUCUUACUUUUGCAGGAAAAUUAAUUCUCUUUAAUAAACUUUAAUUAAAGCCUUUGAAAAAAAUCCAGUAUUUGAUUUGUUUGUCAUUCAAAACAAAAUAUUAGACAGCUGAAACACCUUUAAAUAUGUUAACAAAUAUUGUUUUGAAUACUGUGCAUCUUUUUGCAGAUGAAAAUAAAUUUGUAUUGUCAUAGAUGUUUGAUGAUAGAAAAUUGUAGAUUUUUUUUUUAUGAAAAUAAGGUUUUUUUAACCUGCCCUUGAGAAUUUGAGAUAUUAAGGCUUUUGUGAUAUUCAAAAAUUUCAAGAGAUAAUAUUUGGAUUGUCCCAUUGAUAUUAAUAGAGUUGACACCUAUGUUACAACAUUUGUCCUCUUAGAAUGAAUCCAGUCCGUGUACAAUCUGAUUUAAAUACGGAUUCUUUGUGCACACUUAGCUUACAUCGGUGUGACAACAUUCCAUCCUACUUUCUGUGUGUAUCAUUACGAUAAAACCAGAGGAUCCCAAAGGUUGUUUAAACAGUAAGUAGAAGGUUUUCAGAUUUUUGUAAGCAAUGCGUGGAUACAGGAUCUGUAAUUUAAUCAGAUCACCGUAUAUAGCUUUACAUAUUUAAGAUAUAUUUAUUUUUGAUAGCUUUAUACACAAAAGUCAAAGUUGAAUGUGUGAACUACAAUAAAAUUUUAUUUAGACAUUGAGGAAGUAUAUAUGUUUAGCAUUUAUUACCUUUGGUUUGACAUAAAUAUAUUGAUGAAUUGCUUGUAUUGAUGAUUUGUUUGUUUGUUAUGCUUACUAUGUAUUAUAGGAAUAAAAAGUUGACAUCUAUGCA